CCAUGUGUUCCAGCUUAGCAUCACCUCCUCUUUGUGUCUGUCUGUUCCUCUUCCUCCUCAGAGUAACCUUCAUCACAUCAACAGCAACAGGUCAGUUCAACACUAACUAGUAAUAUCUGCUGUAUUUAAAGCUCACCUUAUACACUUCAUACUUUAUAUACUAACUAAACCUUUAGCUCACUUCAUAUUUUAUAUAUGUCACUUCAUACUUUAUAUAUGUCACUUCAUACUUUAUAUAUGUCACUUCAUACUUUAUAUAUGUCACUUCAUACUUUAUGUACUAACUAAACCUUUAGCUCACUUCAUACUUUAUAUAUGUCACUUCAUACUUUAUAUACUAACUAAACCUUUAGCUCACUUCAUACUUUAUAUAUGUCACUUCAUACUUUAUAUACUAACUAAACCUUUAACUCACUUCAUACUUUAUAUAUGUCACUUCAUACUUUAUAUACUAACCUAAACCUUUAGCUCACUUCAUACUUUAUAUAUGUCACUUCAUACUUUAUAUACUAACUAAACCUUUAGCUCACUUCAUACUUUAUAUAUGUCACUUCAUACUUUAUAUACUAACUAAACCUUUAGCUCACUUCAUACUUUAUAUAUGUCACUUCAUACUUUAUAUACUAACUAAACCUUUAGCUCACUUCAUACUUUAUAUAUGUCACUUCAUACUUUAUAUAUGUCACUUCAUACUUUAUAUACUAACUAAACCUUUAGCUCACUUCAUACUUUAUAUAUGUCACUUCAUACUUUAUAUACUAACUAAACCUUUAGCUCACUUCAUACUUUAUAUAUGUCACUUCAUACUUUAUAUAUGUCACUUCAUACUUUAUAUCUGUCACUUCUACUUAUAUAUGUACUUCAUAUUAGAUGUCACUUCAUACUUUAUAUAUGUCACUUCAUACUUAUAUAUGUCACUUCAUACUUAUAUACUAACUAAACCUUUAGAUCAAUUCAUAUUUAUAUAUGUCACUUCAUACUUUAUAUAUGUCACUUCAUUACUUUAUAUACUAACUAAAACCUUUAGCUUCACUCAUACUUUAUAUAUGUCACUUCAUACUUUAUAUACUAACUAAACCUUUAGCUCACUUCAUACUUUAUAUAUGUCACUUCAUACUUUAUAUAUGUCACUUCAUACUUUAUAUAUGUCACUUCAUACUUUAUAUAUGUCACUUCAUACUUUAUAUAUGUCACUUCAUACUUUAUAUACUAACUAAACCUUUAGCUCACUUCAUACUUUAUAUAUGUCACUUCAUAUUUAUAUAUAACAAACCUUUAGCUCACUUCAUACUUUAUAUAUGUCACUUCAUACUUUAUAUAUGUCACUUCAUACUUUAUAUAUGUCACUUCAUACUUUAUAUAUGUCACUUCAUACUUUAUAUACUAACUAAACCUUUAGCUCACUUCAUACUUUAUAUAUGUCACUUCAUACUUUAUAUACUAACUAAACUUUAGCUCACUUCAUACUUUAUAUAUGUCACUUCAUACUUUAUAUAUGUCACUUCAUACUUUAUAUACUAACUAAACCUUUAGCUCACUUCAUACUUUAUAUAUGUCACUUCAUACUUUAUAUAUGUCACUUCAUACUUUAUAUAUGUCACUUCAUACUUUAUAUAUGUCACUUCAUACUUUAUAUACUAACUAAACCUUUAGCUCACUUCAUACUUUAUAUAUGUCACUUCAUACUUUAUAUACUAACUAAACCUUUAGCUCACUUCAUAUUUUAUAUAUGUCACUUCAUACUUUAUAUAUGUCACUUCAUACUUUAUAUCUGUCACUUCAUACUUUAUAUAUGUCACUUCAUACUUUUUAUAUGUCACUUCAUACUUUAUAUACUAACUAAACCUUUAGCUCACUUAAUACUUUUAAUAUGUCACUUCAUACUUUAUAUACUAACUAAACCUUUAGCUCACUUCAUACUUUAUAUAUGUCACUUCAUACUUUAUAUAUGUCACUUCAUACUUUAUAUACUAACUAAACCUUUAACUCACUGUUAGACUGUCACUUCAUAUUUUCUCGACAACUAAAUGAAGGGCGGUGUUCUGACUUGAGAUCUGCAUGCUAAAAACCCGAUGUUUCACAUACGUCUCACAUUGAGUACGGUUACAUGCACACAAUGUUUCACAUACGUCUCACAUUGAGUACGGUUACAUGCACACAAUGUUUCACAUACGUCUCACAUUGAGUACGGUUACAUGCACACAAUGUUUCACAUACGUCUCACAUUGAGUACGGUUACAUGCACACAAUGUUUCACAUACGUCUCACAGUGAGUACGGUUACAUGCACACAAUGUUUCACAUACGUCUCACAUUGAGUACGGUUACAUGCACACAAUGUUUCACAUACGUCUCACAUUGAGUACGGUUACAUGCACACAAUGUUUCACAUACGUCUCACAUUGAGUACGGUUACAUGCACACAAUGUUUCACAUACGUCUCACAUUGAGUACGGUUACAUGCACACAAUGUUUCACAUACGUCUCACAUUGAGUACGGUACAUGGCACACAAUGUUCACAUACGUCUCACAUGAGUACGGUUACAUGCACACAAUGUUUCACAUACGUCUCACAGUGAGUACGGUUACAUGCACACAAUGUUUCAUAGUCAGAUUGAUAUAAUACUGUAGUUCGAUUUAAAACAUUUACAUGCUUUGCAAGAAGAUCGAUUUCUCUAAUAAUCCUGUUUACAAGGACACAUCUGAAAUCAGGCUACUGAUGGGACUUCGCCAAUGAAAAUAAACGUUUCCACCACAGUGAUCAUGUUAUGUUUGGGAAGCCUAUUUGAUUCUGAGUUCGGACAUAUAAAGUUUGUAUGUGAAAACUAUUUCUAAAGACCCAUACUUUCAGUUUUUCCAAACUCACUUCACUCACAUAUAAGAGAGAGGCUUGGACUGCUGGUGCUGGUGCUGACAGAUCAAAUACACCGCUGGAGCUGAUUAAGCUGUUUACACGUCCUAAUCAAUAGAAACAUUGCUGGAGCUGAUUAAGCUGUUUACACGUCCUAAUCAAUAGAAACAUUGCUGGAGCUGAUUAAGCUGUUUACACGUCCUAAUCAAUAGAAAUAUGUUUUAAUCGUAUACUUACUUCCAUUAUGACCUUGAGCUGAUUAAGCUGAGCAGAGGAAGUUGUUUACAUGACUAAUGCCAUACUCGGCCUACAUAAUCAGUUUAAUAUCAAAUGAUUUGUGUGCAUGUAAACACAUGCAUUGACAUCAAUUAAUAAUUUUGCGAUCAAGUUUGAGGUGCGCAGGCUAAUCUUAAAUCUGAACCGGACCCUAAACACAGGCCAGCCUAAAUCUCUCUAACCUAAAUUCUUUCUAGAUUGUCUGGCCGAGAGUUAUUACUGACUGAGUGUUAAUAAUGUAUGAAGCUUAAAUAUCCAAUGCAGUUUUUAUAUCAAUAUCAAAUCAUUUCUGGGUAACAAUGAAGGUCCUUACUGUGACAGUUUUCUAUUCAAAUUGUCAAAAAGAAACAAAAAUAGCUUUUUUUUAGCAAAAACCUCUCAAGCAAUAAUUUAGCUAAGACUGUCUGGGAGUGGUCUGAGUGGGGAGUGUAAAACUGAAAACUAUUUGUUAUUGGCAGAGAGGUUUGGAACUCUGUUAUUGGCCUAUUAACUAAUUGACCACCUGGUGGUCAAGCCAAAACUCCACCCAUGCAAAACCUGCUGAUUAGAAAGUCCUGUGUAUGUUGUAUUUUCAACCUGCGUACUAUCAGGAAAUAACACUUGAUAAAAAUAUACAUGUAUGUUUUUACAGAGUUAGUUUCAUCGGCUGUUGUACAAUAUGAUACAAAAUAGAGGAAAAACGGAUUUUUGACUGCACUAGGCCUUUAACACUGAUGCCAACUUGAACAUUUCUGUUCUUAUGAAAUAUGUACGUGUGGGAUCAGAUCGCUUCAGAAGAACAGCUACUGUUGAGGUGUGUGGAACAGUGUUUACUGUGGCAGUGUCUUAGAGGUGUGAUACAUCAAAUCAAAUGUAUUGGUCACAUAGACAUGGUUAGCAGAUGUUAUUGAGAGUGUAGCGAAAUGCUUGUGCUUCUAGUUCCGACAGUGCAGCAACAUCUAGCAAGUAAUAUCUAACAGAUACACAACAAAAACCUAAUACACACAAAUCUAAGUAAAGGAAUGGAAUAAGAAUAUAUAAAUAUAUGGAUGAGCAAUGUCAUUAUCAGAGCAGCAUAGGCUAAGAUGCAAUAGAUAGUAUAGAAUUCAGUAUAUACAGAUGAGAUGGGGAAUGCAAGAUAUGGAAACAUUAUUAAGAUAGUAUAGAAUUCAGUAUAUACAGAUGAGAUGGGGAAUGCAAGAUAUGUACACAUUAUUAAGAUAGUAUAGAAUACAGUAUAUACAGAUGAGAUGGGGAAUGCAAGAUAUGUAAACAUUAUUAAAGUGGCAUUACUAAAGUGACUAGUGUUCCAUUUAUGAAAGUGGCCAGUGAUUUCUAGUCUAUGUCUAUAGGCAGCAGCCUCUCUGUGCUAGUGGUGGCUGUUUAACAGUCUGAUGACCUACGUAAAGUAUUAUGCCGUUUCACUCAUAUGAAAGUUUUUGGAUAAACAACAUUUGACUUUUACACAUUCCUGUAUUAUAAUUAAAUGAUAGUGUUAUUGUUAAAUGAUAGUGUUAUUGUUAAAUGAUAGUGUUAUUGUUAAAUGAUAGUGUUAUUGUUAAAUGAUAGUGUUAUUGUUAAAUUAUAGUGUUAUUGUUAAAUGAUGGUGUUCUUGUUAAAUGAUGGUGUUCUUGUUAAAUGUGUGUUUUAAAUGUUUUGUGUUAGGGCUCGAUUCAAUUCGUAGCACUGAAGAUGCACGCUGUAGCGCCAUCAAAAUUCAGAGGCAAUGUUCCCGCGUUAGCGGAGACUGCGUUCACGGUAAACGCUGCAUAUGUCGGCUCUAUUGGAAAAUGACCUUUACAUUUAAAUUGCGCUACAGCGCGGAUCUUCAGCACUAUGGAUUGAAUCCAGUCCUUAGUGUUUGAGUUGUGUCGAGGUGAAUAGUUGAUCCUCUGUAAAAAGCACCAUUAAUCUGAAGCACUACCUCUCCCUCUAGGUCAGACAGACACUGACCCUGGGCUGACCUUUGACCCCUGGCUGACAGGGUUCCAGGUUGUACAGUUAGACGGGUCACCGGUGUACCCCCCCUGUGGACGAGUCAUACCCCCGACCACACCACCACCACCACCGCCUCCAACGGUCAAACCUACAACUGCAAUCACAACUAAACCUUACCGGGUGGUUGACAUAGAUGGGUCACCUGUGAACCAUUACCCCUCCUGCAGGGUCAUACCGGUGGAGCGACAACACCCAGACCGACAUCUGACCACAAGACCACCACGAUCACAAGCAACGGUCAAAGCUAAGACCACAACCAGAACGACAACUGUGAACAGGAUAGUCAAUGUUAAACAACCACUAUUCGCAAAAACGGUUGGUCACCCUCUCAACCACCCCUACCCAAGGUUGAGCCUCCCCCUCCUCCUGGCCAAUAGCAGGCCAGCUCUGUCCAGAUACGAUUUGCUCAGUUGUUUCAGACUCCCUGCUCAUUGGCUGUUUCCUGGAUACAGACUGCUCUCUAAGCCAAUAGGAAGGCUCCCUCGCCAACACAGCGGGACCAAUAGCGUGGCGUCUCCUGUGUUAUGGACCAAUAGCAAGAGGAACAAAGACUUGGUGUCGUUACUGAUGAGGAACAACAGACAGUCUGUCCUU